AUGCAGUGUUGUGUCUAUUGUGGGGAGGCAGAUGAGACAAGGGACCACCUGUUCUUCGCUUGCCCAUACACUUUCACACUGUGGUUAAAUGUAGUUGGCAAUCUGUUUGGUCCAGACCCGGAUUCUGACUGGAAAAUCACGUUACAGAGAAUGCUUGGGGGCACUUAUGAGCGCCUUACCUACAUACUUUUGAGGCUCGUGUGGCAGACCACGAUCUACUUCAUAUGGAGGGAACGCAAUGAUCGACGACAUAAUGGGACUGUGAAGUCUGUGGCUCAGCUUGCUCGAUUGAUCAAGAAAUCAAUGAAGAACAGAAUCUCCUCCACGAGGUACUACUUGAAGCCAAGACUGCAGGGACUAAUGCAGAGAUGGUUUCAGGCUCAUUCUUAA